AUGCCUACACGAAAUUCGCGUCCAACUUCGGAUGCCCUCGCCUCGGCCGCUCAACAUAAUAGGAAACGAGCGUUGGAGGAGACUCCCGAAAAUACAUCGUCACCAAGACGACCAAAACGUACAAAGUCCACCGUCGAUAGUUUUGCAGCGAAGCCAGACCCCUCACCCGCAAGUCAGACACCCAGUAAACCUGUAAAGCAGGUGAGCGCAAACAGCAAUUCGACGGUCGCAGCCAUAGACCUCAAGGAGGAGGAAUCGUUUGAAGGCGAUGAUAUAAAAUCGUCGAUUCAUAUCAAGAAGCAAAGAUUGUCUACUACAGCACACGGUUCGGAUACAAAGGUGAAGGAGAAAGUUGAGAUUGAGGAAGAAGAAGACAUAACGGCCGCAAAGUCUACAAAAAAGCGGAAGACAAAAGCCGAAAAAGAAGCAGAGAUGCUCCCGCUCGCUGCUAGAACAAAGGGCCUACAGAUGUUUGUAGGAGCUCACGUCAGCGCCGCCAAGGGGGUACAGAAUUCCAUCCUCAACAGUGUACAUAUCGGAGGAAACGCCUUUGCGUUAUUCUUGAAAUCUCAGAGAAAAUGGGAAAAUCCACCCUUGCAAGAUGAACAUAAGCAGCAGUUCUUGAAAUUUUGCAUUGAUCAUGACUAUGAUGCAGCGAAAUAUGUCCUACCACAUGGCUCCUAUCUUGUAAACUUAGCACAAGAAGACGAAGCAAAGGCGAGUCAAGCCUAUGACUCUUUUCUAGAUGAUCUGAAAAGAUGCGAAAAGCUCGGUAUCAGGCUCUAUAACUUUCAUCCAGGAGCAGCGGGCCAAAGUACGGUGGAGUCAGCUAUUUCACGACUCGCCAAAUCGUUGACGAAAGCAUUGGCUGCAACUGAAACCGUGACCCCGGUUUUAGAGACGAUGUGCGGCCACGGAACGACUUUAGGCGGUGAUCUUUCCGAGCUGGGAGCCGUGAUCUCACAGAUUCCGGAAAAGUACCACUCACGCAUUGGAAUUUGCAUUGAUACUUGCCACAGUUUCUCCUUCGGUUAUGACCUGGUGACUCCUAACGGAUUCAAGUCGUUUUUGCAGGAUUUCGAUGAAAAGAUUGGAUUGAAAUUUCUGAGGGCACUACAUCUUAACGACUCAAAGGCCCCGAAAGGUAGCAAACGUGAUCUUCACGCAAAUAUCGGUACAGGCUUUCUAGGUCUCCGUGCUUUCCAUAACGUCAUGAACGAGGAGCGCUUUCAGGGACUUCCUAUGAUUCUCGAGACUCCUAUUGACCGGCCUGCCCCUUCCAGCACAUCAACAAAAGCCAAAGGACCUAGCAAAUCUAAAAAGGAAGAAGAUGAAGACGACGAGUCGUGCGGUAGUGAUCAUGAUAUCGACUCCCCCAAAAAGGCCAAAAAGGCGCGAAAAGCCCCUUCCUCACAAAACAAACUCGUUGAGGAUAAAACUGUAUGGGCCCGAGAGAUCAAGUUGCUCGAGUCUUUGAUAGGUAUGGACCCCGAGAGCACAGAGUUUCGUACCUUGGAAACUCAGUUGUCUGAGCAAGGACGAGCAGAGAGACAAAAACAUCAGGAGCAGUACGAGCGGAAACUCGAGACGGAGGCGAAGAAGAAGCAGAAGGAGCUCGAGAAAGGGCAGAAGAGUUUAGAUAGUAUAUUCAAGAAGAAGUAG